AUGAUCUCUUCAUUUUUAUUAGUAAUCCUGUCAGCUUUGCUUAUCAAUUUUGCAUUUGGAGAAACAGAAAUAAGGUUUGCAGGACAAACAGAAUUGUUUGUUAAUGAAACAAGUACCACAGUUAUUCGUCUUGUCAUUGAGAGAAUAGGAGAUCCAACAAACGUUACUGCCAUCGUGUCGCUGAAUGGAAAAGACACUGGUGACUUUUUUGAUACAUAUGCUGCGGCUUUUAUCCCUGCUGGAGGAACAAACAGGACUGUGUACAUAGCAGUGUGUGAUGAUGACCUUCCAGAGCCUGAUGAAACUUUCACUUUUCACUUGACAUUACAGAAACCCUCAGCAAAUGUGAAACUUGGAUGGCCAAGGACUGCUACUGUGACAAUAUUGUCAAAUGACAAUGCAUUUGGAAUUAUUUCCUUUAGUACGCCUUCAUCAAUCUCAGUGACUGAGCCAAGGAGCAGAAAUGAAUCUGUGCCUCUUACUCUCAUCAGGGAGAAGGGGACCUAUGGAAUGGUCACUGUGACUUUUGAUGUAUCAGGUGGUCCAAAUCCCCCUGAAGAAGAUUUGAAUCCAGUUAGAGGAAAUAUCACCUUCCCACCAGGCAGGGCCACCGUAAUUCACAACUGGACAGUACUUGAUGAUGAGGUGCCAGAAAAUGAUGAAAUAUUUUUGAUUCAACUGAAAAGUGUAGAAGGAGGAGCAGAGAUUAAUGCCUCUAGGAGUUUGGUUGAAAUCAUUGUGAGGAGAAAUGACAGUCCUGUGAAAUUCCUCCAGAGUGUGUACUUGAUUCCUGAGGAUGACCACAUAGUCACCAUCCCCGUGCUUCGUGGAAAGGAUGACGAUGGAAACCUGAUUGGAUCUGAUGAGCCCGAAGUUUCAGUCAGAUACAAAGUUAUGACUGGGAAUUCAACAACACAUGCCCAGCAAAAUGUAGACUUCAUUGAUCUUCAGCCAAACACCACUCUUAUCUUUCCCCCUUUCAUUCAUGAAUCACACUUAAAAUUUCAAAUAAUCGAUGACACCAUACCAGAGAUAGCUGAAUCAUUUCACAUCAUGUUACUAAAGAACACCUUGCAGGGAGAUGCGGUGCUAAUGGGUCCUUCUACUGUACAGGUCACCAUUAAGCCAAAUGACAAACCUUAUGGGGUUCUUUCAUUCAACAGUAUUUUGUUUGAAAGGCCGGUUAUAAUCGAUGAAGAUAAGGCAUCCAGAUUUGAAGAAAUCACAGUGGUCAGAAAUGGUGGCACCCAUGGAGAUGUUUCUGUCAAUUGGGUGUUGACACGGAACAGCACUGAUCCUUCCCCUGUGACAGCCGACAUCAGCCCUAGUUCUGGGACUCUCCAGUUUACACAAGGGCAGAUGUUGGCAUCAAUUCCUCUCACUGUCAUUGAUGAUGAUCUUCCGGAAGAGGCUGAAGUAUACCUCCUUAAAAUCCUGUCUCACACUACACAAGGAGGUGCUGAAGUGAGCGAGCCAGCACAGCUUCUCCUCUACAUUCAGGAUAGUGACAAUGUUUAUGGAGAAAUAACCUUUUUUCCCAUGGAAAGCCAGAAGAUUGAGAGCAGCCCCAGCGAACGAUGCUUAUCCUUGAGUUUUUCGAGACAAGGAGGUACUAAAGGAGACGUGAAGGUGAUUUAUUCUGUACUCUAUAUUCCUGCUGGAGCUGUGGACCCCCUUCGAGCAAAAGAUGGCAUCUUAAAUACAUCCAGGAGAGGCAGCCUCCUUUUCCCAGAACAUAACAAUGAAGUCACUACAAAAUUACCCAUAAGAAAUGACGCGUUCCUUCAGAAUGAGGCCCACUUCCUAGUGCAGUUGGAAGCUGUGGUAUUGGUAAACAUAUUUCCCCCAAUCCCACCAGUAAGUCCCAGAUUUGGGAAAAUCAGAAAUGUUUCUUUAUUGGUUACCCCAGCCAUUGCAAAUGGAGAAAUUGGCUUUCUUAGCAAUCUUCCAAUCAUUUUGCAUGAACCCAAAGGUUCUGCUGCUGAGGUGGUAUACAUUCCCCUACAUCGAGAUGGAACUGAUGGCCAGGCUACUGUCUACUGGAGCUUGAAGCCCUCUGGCUUUAAUUCAAAAGCAGUGACCCAGGAUGAUACAGGUCCCUUUAAUGGCUCUGUUGUGUUUUUAUCUGGGCAAAGUGACACAAGGAUCAACAUUACUGUCAAAGGUGAUGACAUACCGGAACUUAAUGAAACUGUGACACUUUCCUUAGACAGCGUGAGUGUGGACAGUGAAGUCCUGAAAUCAGGAUAUACUAGCCGAGACUUGAUUAUUUUGGAAAAUGAUGAUCCUGGAGGUGUUUUUGAAUUUUCGCCCGACUCUAGAGGACCCUAUUUUAUAAAAGAAGGAGAUGCUGUAGAACUCCGUAUUACUCGAUCCAGGGGGUCUCUUGUCAAACAGUUCCUACGAUAUCACGUAGAACCCAGAGAGAGCAAUGAAUUCUACGGAAACACAGGGGUGCUUGAAUUCACACCGGGGGAAAGAGAAGUAGUGAUCACCUUGCUCUCAAGACUGGAUGGUGUCCCAGAGUUGGAUGAGCACUGCUGGGUGGUCCUCAGCAGCCACGGUGAAAGGGAAAGCAAGCUGGGAAGUGCCACAGUUGUCAACAUAACGAUUCUAGAGAACGACGAUCCUCGUGGAAUCAUAGAAUUUGUUUCUGAUGCUUUGACUGUGUCAAUAAAAGAAAGCAAAGGAGAGGAUAUCUAUAGUGCUGUUUAUGAUGUAAUACGAACUCGAGGCAACUUUGGUGAUGCUACUGUAUCAUGGAUGGUUAGUCCAGACUUUACGAAAGAUGUAUUUCCUGUGCAAGGAACUGUGUCCUUCAGAGACCAGGAAUUUUCGCAAACUAUCACGGUUUCUUCCCUUGUGGACGAAAUUCCAGAGGAGAUGGAGGAAUUCACCAUCAUCCUAUUUAAUGCUACCAGUGGUGCUCAAACAGGAAAUAGAACAACUGCCUUCUUGAGGAUUCUAAGGAAUGAUGAUCCCAUUUAUUUUGCAGAGCCUUGUGUCCUGAGGGUCCAGGAGGGUGAGAGUGCCAACUUCACAGUGCUCAGAAAUGGGUCUGUUGAUGUAGCUUGCACUGUCCAAUAUGCUACCAUGGAUGGAGAGGCUUCGGGAAGAGAGGGGGACUUUGUUCCUGUUGAGAAAGGAGAAACCCUUGUUUUCGAAGUUGGGAGCAGAGAGCAAAGUGUAUCUGUGUAUGUCAAUGAUGAUGGAAUCCCCGAAACAGAUGAAGCUUUUUAUAUAAUCCUUUUCAAUUCAACAGGUGACACAGUAGUAUAUCAAUAUGGAAUAGCCACAGUCAUAAUUGAAGCCAAUGAUGACCCAAAUGGGAUUUUUUCUCUGGAGCCCAUAGACAAAGCAGUAGAAGAAGGAAAGACAAAUACAUUUUGGAUUUUGAGGCACCGAGGACACUUUGGCAAUGUUUCUGUGGCUUGGCAGCUGUUUCAGAAUGUUUCUCUGCAGUCUGGACAAGAAUUCUAUGAAACAUCAGGGAUUGUUAACUUCAUAGAUGGAGAAGGAUCAAAACCAGUAAUUCUCCAUGCUUUCCCAGAUAGAAUUCCUGAAUUCAAUGAAUUUUAUAUCCUGAAGCUUGUAAAUAUUUCAGGUUCUGGAGGUCAACUAGCAGAAACCAACCUUCAGGUGACAGUCAUGAUUCCAUUCAAUGAUGAUCCAUUUGGAGUUUUCAUCUUAGAUUCAGAGUGUCUAGACAGAGAAGUGGCAGAAGAUGUCCUAUCAGAAGACGAUAUGUCUUAUAUUACUAACUUUACCAUUUUGAGACAACAGGGCAUCUUUGGUGAUGUAAGGGUUGGCUGGGAGAUACUGUCCAGAGAGUUCACUGCUGGUUUGCCACCAAUGAUUGACUUUUUGCUGGUAGGAAAUUUCCCUAAUACUGUGCAUCUGCAACCACAUAUGCGACGUCACCACAGUGGAACCGAUGUCUUGUACUUCAGUGGACUAGAAGGUGCAUUUGGGACUGUUGAUCCAAAGUACUGUCCUUCCAGGAAUAACACAAUUGCCAGCUUUACAUUUUCAGCUUGGGUAAUGCCUAAUGCCAAUACAAAUGGAUUUCUCAUAGCAAAAGAUGACGGCAAUGGAAGCAUCUAUUAUGGGGUAAAAAUUCAAACAAAUGAAUCCCAUGUGACCCUUUCCCUUCAUUAUAAAACUUUUGGAUCAAAUGUGACAUAUAUUGCCAAGACCACAGUUGUGAAAUAUUUAGAAGAAGGUGUUUGGCUUCAUGUUUUAAUUAUCCUAGAUGAUGGCAUAAUUGAAUUCUAUCUGGAUGGGAAUGCAAUGCCUAGAGGGAUCAAGAGUCUGAAAGGAGAAGCCAUUACUGAUGGUCCUGGAACACUGAGAAUUGGGGCAGGGAUGAAUGGCAGUGACAGAUUCACAGGCCGAAUGCAGGAUGUGAGGGCCUAUGAGCGGAAACUGACAACUGAAGAGAUUUAUGAACUCCAUGCUAUGCCUGCAAAGAAUGAUCUACACCCCAUUUCUGGGUAUCUGGAGUUCAGACAAGGAGAAAACAACAAGUCAUUCAUCAUUUCUGCACGAGAUGACAAUGAAGAGGAAGGGGAGGAAUUAUUCUUUCUCAAACUGGUCUCUGUCUAUGGAGGGGCUCAGAUUUCUGCGGCAAAUACUACAGCUAGACUAAGAAUACAGAAAAGUGACAAUGCCAAUGGCUUGUUUGGUUUCACAGGAGCUUGUAUACCAGAGAUUACAGAGGAAGGCUCCACCGUUUCCUGUGUGGUAGAGCGAACAAGGGGAGCUUUGGAUUAUGUUCAUGUUUUCUACACCAUCUCACAGAUCGAAUCGGAAGGCAUCAGUUACCUCGUUGAUGAUUUUGCUAAUGCCAGUGGCACUAUCACCUUCCUGCCUUGGCAGAGGUCUGAGGUCCUGAAUCUAUAUGUUCUUGAUGAGGACAUCCCUGAGCUUAGUGAGUAUUUUCGGGUGACACUGGUUUCAGCUGUUCCAGGAGAUGGAAAACUUGGUUCAACUCCCAUCAGUGGUGCCAGUAUAGAUCCUGAGAAGGAAACCACAGACAUCACCAUCAAAGCUAGUGACCACCCUUAUGGCUUGCUGCAGUUCUCCACAGGGCCACCGCCUCAGCCUGAAGAUACUGUGAGUCUGCCUGCUGGUAGUGUACCACACAUCACUGUGCAGGAAGAGGAUGGAGAGAUCCGUUUACUAGUUGUCCGUGCACAGGGACUGCUUGGCAGGGUUACUGCAGAAUUUAGAACAGUGUCCUUGACAGCAUUUAGUCCAGAGGACUACGAGAGUAUUGCUGGCACAGUAGAAUUUCAAUCAGGAGAAAGAUAUAAAUAUAUUUUUGUCAACAUCACUGAUAAUUCCAUUCCUGAACUGGAAAAAUCUUUUAAAGUUGAGUUGUUAAACUUGGAUGGAGGAGUGUCUGAACUCUUUAGGGUUGAUGGCAGUGGUAGUGGAGAAGGGGACACGGAUUUCUUCUUCUCGCCUGUUCACACACAUGCCAGUCUAGGAGUGGCUUCCCAGAUUCUGGUGACAAUCGCUGCCUCUGACCAUGCUCAUGGGGUGUUUGAAUUCAGCCCUGAGUCACUCUUUGUCAGCGGAACGGAACCAGAGGAUGGAGACAGUACUGUAGUAUUAAAUGUUACGAGGACUCAGGGAGCUCUGUCACAUGUGACUUUGCAUUGGAAUGUAGACUCUGACCUGGAUGGGGAUCUCGCCAUCACCUCUGGCAACAUCACGUUUGAGAUUGGACAGAGAACUGCCUGCAUCACUUUGGAGAUAUUGCCAGAUGAAGAGCCAGAGCUAGACAAGGCACUUUCUGUGUUGAUCCUCAACGUCUCCCGUGGCUCUUUGGGAGUCCUUACUAAUGCCACAUUGACAAUUUUGGCCAGUGAUGAUCCUCACGGGGUGUUCAUUUUCUCUAAUAAAUCUAGACCUAUUAGUGUUCAAGAAGCAACCCAUAAUGUCACAUUAUCUAUAAUGAGGUUGAAAGGCCUCAUGGGAGAAGUUGUAAUCUCAUAUGCAACAAUAGAUGAUAUGAAAAAACCUCCUUUUUUCCCACCUAACUUAGCUAGAGCAAGUCAAGGAGGAGACUAUAUAUCAGCAUCUGGAUUGGCUCUUUUCAGAGCUAAUCAGACUGAGGCAACAAUAACUAUUUCAAUCCUGGAUGAUGAUGAACCAGAAUGUUCAGAAUCUGUGUUCAUUGAACUAGUCAAUUCUACGUUAGUAGAGCCAGUACAGGAUCGCCCAAUCCCGAAUUCCCCACGGCUUGGGCCUAAGGUAGAAACCGUGGCCCAUCUCAUUAUUGUUGCCAACGAUGAUGCGUUUGGAACUGUGCAGCUGUCAGCACCAGUAGUUCGUGUGGCAGAAAAUCACAUUGGACCCAUUAUCAAUGUGACUCGAAUGGGAGGAGCAUUUGCAGACGUCUCUGUUAAGUUUAAAGCUGUGCCAAUAACUGCAGCAGCUGGUGAAGAUUAUAGUAUAGCUUCAUCAGAUGUGGUCUUAUUGGAAGGGGAGAUCAGUAAAGCUGUGCCAAUAUAUAUCAUUAAUGACAUUUACCCUGAGCUGGAGGAAUCGUUUCUUGUGCAACUGCUGAAUGAGACAACAGGAGGAGCCAAACUGGGGAUGUUAACAGAGGCAGUCAUUGUUGUAGAGGCUUCUGAUGACCCUUAUGGAUUGUUUGGUUUUCUGAAUACUAAAUUUAUUGUAGAGGAACCUGAGUUUAACUCAGUGAGGGUAAGCCUGCCAAUAAUUCGAAAUUCUGGGACACUCGGCAAUGUUACUGUUCAGUGGGUUGCCACCAUUAAUGGACAACUUGCCACUGGCGACCUGCGAGUUGUCUCAGGUAAUGUGACCUUUGCCCCUGGUGAAACCAUUCAAACCUUGUUGUUAGAGGUCCUGGCUGACGACGUUCCGGAGAUUGAAGAGGUUAUCCAAGUGCAGCUAACUGAUACAUCUGGUGGAGGUACAAUUGGGUUGGACCGAGUGGCAAAUAUUGUUAUUCCUGCCAAUGAUAACCCUUAUGGUUCAGUAGCUUUUGUUCAGUCGGUUUAUCGUGUACAAGAGCCUCUGGAAAGAAGUUUCCACGCUAACGUAACCGUGAGAAGAAGCGGAGGACACUUUGGACACCUGUUGUUGUUGUACGGUACCUCUGAUAUUGAUGUAGUGGCUCUUGCAGUUGAGGAAGGUGAAGAUGUGUUGUCCUACUAUGAAUCCCCAACUCAAGAGAUGCCCGACCCACUCUGGAGAACUUGGGUGAAUGUCUCUUCAGUGGAGGAGGCACAGGACACCUGUGCCACUCUGUGUCUCAAAGAACAUGUUUGUUCAGCGUUUUCAAUUGUCAGUGCUUCGGAUGGUCCUCAGUGCUUUUGGAUGACAUCAUGGGUCAGUCUCACUGUGAACAGCUCAGACUUCUGGACAUACAAAAAGAACAUGUCUAGAGUGGCCUCUCUUUUUAGUGACCAGGCAGUUGCUGGUAGUGACUAUGAGCCAGUGACAAGGCAGUGGGCCCUAAUGCUCGAAGGUGAUGAGUUUGCAAAUCUCACUGUUUCUAUACUUCCUGAUGAUAUUCCAGAGAUGGACGAAAGUUUCCUAAUUUCUCUCCUUGAAGUUCACCUCAUGAACAUCACAGACAGUUUUAAAAACCAGCCGACCAUUGGGCAGCCAAAUACUUCUGCAGUGGUCAUAGCACUGAAUGGUGAUGCCUUUGGGGUGUUCGUUAUGUACAGUGUUAGUCCCAAUACCUCGGAAGAUGGCUUAUGUGUGGAAUUGCAAGAGCAGCCACACAACUCUGUGGAGCUGGUGAUCCACAGGACAGGAGGCAGCUUGGGGCAGGUGAUGGUUGAAUGGCGUGUUGUUGGUGGAACAGCUACUGAAGGUUUAGAUUUUAUAGGUGCUGGAGACAUUCUCACUUUUGCGGAAGGUGAAACCAAAAAGACAGCUAUUUUGACAAUUUUGGAUGACUCUGAGCCCGAAGAUGAUGAAAAUAUCCUCGUGCGUUUGGUGCACACUGAAGGUGGAAGCAGAAUUUUGCCCAGCUCUGACACUGUGACAGUGAACAUCUUGGCUAAUGACAAUGUGGCGGGCAUUGUCAGCUUUCUGACAGCUUCAAGAUCUGUCAUAGGUCAUGAAGGAGAAAUUUUGCAGUUCCAUGUGAUCAGAACACCCCCUGGUCGAGGAAAUGUCACUGUUGACUGGAAAAUUGUUGGACAAAACCUAGAAGUCAAUUUUGCUAACUUUACAGGCCAACUCUUCUUCUCUGAGGGGACAUUGAAUAAAACCAUAUUUGUACAUUUGUUGGAUGACAAUAUUCCUGAGGAGAAAGAAGUUUACCAUGUUGUUUUAUAUGAUGUCAAGACUCAAGGAGUCUUGCCUGCGGGAGUCGCUCUGCUUGAUGCCCAGGGAUAUGCAGCUGUCCUGACAGUAGAAGCCAGCGAUGAACCACAUGGUGUUUUAAACUUUGCUCUCUCCUCAAGAUUUGUUUUGCUACAGGAGGCUAAUGUGACAAUUCAACUGUUCAUCAACAGAGAGUUUGGGUCUCUAGGAGCUAUCAAUGUCACAUAUGCCACUGUUCCUGGAAUAGUGAGUCUAAAAAAUGAAACAGAAGGGAACCUAGCAGAGCCAGAGGUUGACUUUGUUCCAGUGAUGGGAUUUCUGGUUUUAGAAGAAGGGGAAACAACAGCAGCCAUCAACAUCACUAUCCUUGAGGAUGAUAUUCCAGAGUUAAAAGAAUAUUUCUUGGUGAAUUUAACUCAUGUUAAUCUCAUUAUGGCUCCUCUAACUUCAUUUCCUCCCAGACUAGACUCAGAAGGCUUGACUGCACAGAUUAUCAUUGAUGCCAAUGACGGUGCCCUAGGUGUAAUGGAAUGGCAGCAUAGCAGAUUUGAAGUGAAUGAGACCCAUGGAAUUGUAACAUUGGUAGCUCAGAGGAGCAAGGAGGCCCUUGGCCACGUUUCCUUGUUUAUGUAUGCCCAGAAUCUAGAGGCUCUGAUGGGCCUGGAUUACAUUUGCAGUCCACAGAUUCUUCAUUUUGCUGAUGGAGAAAGGUAUAAACAUGUGGAUGUUGUGAUUCUAGACGAUGAAAUUCCAGAAGGAGAUGAAAAAUUUCAGGUGAUAUUAACAAAUCCUUCUCCUGGACUAGAGCUGGGAAGAAAUACAAUAGCUUUGAUUACUGUCCUUGCAAAUGAUGAUGGCCCUGGAGUUCUGUCCUUUAACAAUAGUGGCCACAUUUUCCUCAGAGAACCAACAUCUCUCUACUUGCAAGAGAGUGUUGCAGUAUUAAUUGUCAUUCGGGAGCCUGCACAAGGCCUGUUUGGAACGGUGGCAGUUCAGUUUGUGGUGUCAGAAGUUAACUCCUCAACAGAAUCGAAGGAUCUGAUUCCUUCCAAAGGCUUUGUUGUUCUAGAGGAAGGUGUUCGAUCUAAGGCCCUGCACAUCUCUGCCAUAUUAGACACGGAACCAGAAAUGGAUGAACAUUUUGUCUGCACUCUGUUUAAUCCAACUGGAGGUGCUAGACUAGGAACCCAUGUUCAAACCCUCAUAACCAUUUUGCAAAACCAGGCCCCUUUGGGGCUAUUUAGUAUCACUGCUGUUGAAAAUAGUGCUACCUCUAUAGACGUUGAGGAGUCCAACAGGAGUGUAUACCUCAAUGUGUCACGUAUGAAUGGCCUUGAUUUGGCUGUGAGUGUACAGUGGGAGACAGUAUCUGAAACAGCUUUUGGCAUGAGGGGAGUGGAUGUUGUCUUUUCUGUAUUUCAAAGCUUUUUUGACAAGACAGCAUCUGGCUGGUGUUUCUUUACUGUCAAAGAUUCAGUUUAUGGUGUAAUGUUAAGAAAGUCAUCACUAGUUGUUUACCGAUGGCAAGGGACUUUCAUUCCAGUUGAGGAUUUUAAUAUAGAAAGUCCUAAAACUUGUGAGGCCUUUAAUAUUGGUGUUUCUCCCUAUCUUGUCAUUACUCACGGGGAAAGAGAUGGAGAAAAGCUUUCCAUUAACAGUGUUUACAAGCUCACUUCUGGACUCAAAUUAUCCCUGGUGCAGACCAUCAUUAUUUCAGGAAGUUGUCAAGUACGACAUUUCACUUCAGACAGUCAAGAUUAUUUCAUUAUUGCAAGUCAAAAAUAUGAUUCCGAGUUAACUCAAGUCUUCAGAUGGACUGGGAGUAUCUUUGCCUUACAUCAGACAUUACCAGUCCGAGGUGUGCUGAGCAUGGCCUUGUUCCACAGAGGAGGCUCUAUCUUCUUAGCCAUUUCCCAGACUACUGUCACACGAAAUGCCAUUUUAUUCACAUGGUCUGGUAGUCUGUUUACUGACUUUCAAGAAGUAUCAGCCAGCGGGAUAACACAAGUGGAGGCUUUGUCUUCAGGCGAUGAUGUUUAUUUACUUUUUGCCAAAAAUACUGUUCUAGGAAAUCAAAAUUCAAUUGACAUUUUUAUCUGGGAGAUGGGGCAGUCAUCUUUCAGAUAUUUCCAGUCCCUGGACUUUGCUAAUGUUAACAGAAUGCGUUCCUUCACACCAGCUUCUGGAAUAGUCCACAUACUUCUAACUGGCCAUGAGCAGUCUGCUCUUUACUGCUGGAAUUCAGAGCUGAGUGAAUUCUCUUUUGUUCUGGAAGCACCUGCUGCUGACGAUGCAGCCUUUGUUACAGUAAAGUCGCUCAAUUCAAGCAAAACUCUAAUUGCUUUAGUGGGAACUCCUCACUCGCAUGUCUGUGAGCUGACUCACAUCUCCAGCCAGUCUGACUUUAUUCCUAGUUUAGGUGAACUGAUAUUUGAACCUGGUGACAAAGAAGCAAUCAUAGCAGUAAACAUCCUUGAUGAUACAGUUCCAGAAGAAGAAGAAUCCUUCAGAGUUCAACUUAAGAAUCCAAAAGGAGGAGCAGAGAUUGGCAUUAAUAGUUACGUGAGAGUCACUGUUCUAUCGAACGAUGAUGCCUAUGGAGUUAUAGCAUUUGCCCAGAAUUCGUUGCAUAAGCAAGUGGAAGAAAUGGAUCGAGACAGCCUGGUAACCUUGAAUGUUGAACGCUUGAAAGGGACACAUGGCCGCAUAACUGUAGCAUGGGAAGCAGCUGGAAGUAUCAGUGAUGUAUUUCCUACCUCAGGAGUGAUUUCAUUCACAGAGGACCAGGCACUGUCUACAAUCACUGUGACUGUUAUUGCAGAUGAUCUUCCAGAGUUAUCUGAGGCUGUGACUGUGACACUCACUCGGGUUGUCACAGAGGGGGUUGAAGAUCCAUCCAAAGGUGCUACUAUAGAUGAGAACAGAAGCAUGUCUGUGCUAACCAUCCUGCCCAGUGACUCACCCUAUGGUGUGGUUGGCUGGCAUACUGAUUCUCUCUUUACUAGAGUGCAAGAGCCCAAAGAGAACAUCACUAUUCUUCAGUUGCAUAUUGUUCGAGACAAAGGACUGUUUGGGGACAUUUCCAUUCAUUUGAUAGCGAAGCCCAAUUUCUUACUGCACAUCAAUAAUCAAGCUACUGAGAAUGAAGAUUAUGUGUUGCAAGACUCAGUGGUAAUAAUGAAAGAAAACACAAAAGAAACUCAUGCUGAAGUUGCCAUUUUGCCAGAUGAGACUGCUGAACUGGAGGAAGGACUCAUCAUUACCAUCACUUCAGUGAACCUGGUGAACCCCGACUUCCCUGCAGAGCAGCCACGUGUGCGGAGACCAAGGAUGGAAAUAGCGGAGAUAAUGAUUGAAGAAAACGAUGAUCCCAGAGGGAUCUUUAAGUUUCAUGUUACCAGAGAUGCUGGUGGGGUAAUUACUGCUCAUGAGGGGCCUCCACCCUUGAAUGUUCUUCAAGUUCCUGUCAUCCGGCUGGCUGGAAGCUUUGAGUUAGUAAACGUGCAUUGGAAAGCAACGCCAGACAGUGCUGGCCUGGAAGACUUUCAGCCAUCUCAUGGGAUUCUACAGUUUGCUGAUGGACAAGUCAGUGCACUGAUAGAAAUAACUAUAAUUGAUGAUACUGAAUUUGAACUCAUGGAGACAUUCAGCAUUAGCUUAAUGAGUGUGGCUGGUGGUGGCAGACUGGGUGAUGAUGUUGUGGUGACUGUUGUCAUACCACCAAAUGAUUCUCCGUUUGGAAUAUUUGGAUUUGAAGAGAAGACUGUAAUGGUUGAUGAAUCCCUUUUGUCUGAUGAUCCUGAUUCAUAUGUGACACUGACAGUCGUCCGGUCCCCAGGAGGAAAAGGAGCUGUCCUUCUUCAUUGGGCUAUAGAGGAGAAGGCUAAAGAUGCUCUCAGUCCUUGGAAUGGGACGCUUCAUUUUGCUGAGAGUGAAUCCCAAAAGACUGUUACAUUGCAUACACUUCAAGACAGCACAUUGGGGAAGGACAGGCACUUCACCAUUGAGCUGACAGCAGCUGAUGAGAUAGAAAUAUCUCCAAUGAAAGGUAGUGCAUCAAUAAUCAUUCGAGGAGAUAAGGGUGCAUCAGAAGUUGGGAUUGCUUCAUCAUCUAGACACAUCAUUAUCGGGGAGCCCUCAGCAACAUAUAAUGGCACUGGCAUCAUCAGCCUUGUUCGUGGCCCAGGAGUUUCAGGGGAGAUCACAGUGUAUUGGAGGAUAUUUCCUGCUUCUGUGGGCGAUUUUGUUGAAACAUCAGGACAAUUGACAAUGCAAGAUGGACAGUCUGAGGCUACGUUAGUCAUUCAGGCUUUGAAUGAUGACAUCCCUGAGGAGAAGUGUUCCUAUGAAUUUCAGCUCACUGGAAUCAGUAAGGGUGGAGUGCUGAAUGCAGCCAGCAUCACCGCCAGCAUCACCAUGGUGGCAAGUGAUGGCCCCUAUGGCCGCUUCUCAUUUUUACAUGAACAGCUUCAAGUUUCAGAAGCAGCACAGAGGGUUAAUGUCACAGUUGUCCGCUCAGGAGGCUCUUUUGGAAGUGUGCGAGUCUGGUAUGAGACUGGUAGCAAGACGGCCGAGGCAGGCUGGGACUUUGUUCCCAUAUCAGGGGAGCUCCUCUUUGAAGCCAGAGAUAGGACGAAAAGUCUGCAUGUUGAAAUCCUUGAUGACAACUUGCCUGAAGGCCCUGAGGAAUUUGUUCUUGCCAUUACAAAAGUGGAGCUCCAGGGCAGUGGGUAUGAUUUCACCAUCCAACCGAAUGGACUUCAGAUAGAUCAACCUCCUGAAAUUGGAAAUGUCUCCAUUGUUCAAAUCAUAAUAAUGAAAAAUGAUAAUGCAGAGGGCAUCAUUGAAUUUGAUCCAAAGUACACUGCCAUCUCAGUGGAGGAAGAUGCCGGCAUGAUCACGAUUCCGGUGUUGAGGCUUCGUGGAACUUACGGCCUUGUGUCAGCUGAUUUCAGGUCCCAGGGCGACUCUGCUGUUCCAGGCUAUGCACCGUAUGGUGGCACAGUCACUUUUCAGCAUGGGCAGAAUCUCAGCUUUAUAAAUGUCUCCAUCGUCGAUGACAAUGAAAGUGAAUUGGAGGAGCAGCUUGAAAUUCUGCUCACUGGAGCUACUGGUGGAGCCAUCCUUGGGCGCCACCUAGUGAGCAAAAUCACAAUUAUCAAAAGUGACUCUCCAUUUGGCGUCAUAAGAUUUCUCAACCAAAGCAAAAUUUCUAUUCCUAACCCCAACUCCACAAUGGUUUUAUACUUGGUGCUGCAGCGGACUGGAGGACUCUUGGGGGAAAUUCAGGUGAGCUGGGAGAUAGUAGGGCCCAAUUCUCAGGAAGUUUUACUGCCACAGAAUGGAGACAUCGAGGACCCUGUGAGUGGGACAGUCUCUUUCAGAGAGGGAGAAGGCGGCCAGAAAACCAUCAUUGUCACAGUUUGUCCUCAUGAGGAAACUGAAGCUGAAGAGACUUUCAUUGUUCAGCUUAAGCCUUUGAAAGAUGCUAAGUUAGAUCGCAGAGCUAAAGCUGUUGCAAUAACAGUACAAAAGUUUGGUGACCCGAACGGAGUCAUUCAUUUUGCUCCAGAGUCUUUAUCUAAGAAAACGUAUUCAGAGCCACCACCCUCAGAUGGACCCACACUCAUUUCCUUCCUUGUCACAAGAGCCAAAGGCUUCUCUGGAGAGAUCAUGGUGCACUGGGAGCUAAGCAGUGAGUUUGAUAUCACUGGAGACUUUCUUUCCACCAGUGGAUUUUUCCCCAUUGCUGAUGGAGAGAGUGAAGCGAGCUUUGAUGUCCAUUUGCUGCCAGACGAUACACCUGAGAUUCAGGAAGAGUAUGCUGUCCGGCUGGUUUCUGUAGAGGGAGGAGCAGAGCUGGACCUGGAAAGAUGUACCACAUGGUUCUCUGUGUCUGCAAAUGACGAUCCUCAUGGUGUGUUUGCCCUGUAUUCAGAUCAUCAGUCAAUACUGAUUGGACAGAACCUCAUUAGGUCCCUCCAAAUUAACAUCACCCGCCUUGCUGGAAUGUUCGGUGAUGUGGCUGUUAGAUUUCAAAUACUGUCUGAUAAUAAAGAAGACCCCAUUGCUACUGAGAAUGAAGAGAGACAGCUAGUGAUCAAAGAUGGUGCCAGAUACAAAGUAGACGUGGUGCCUUUGAAGAAUCAGGUCUUCCUAUUGCUGGGCUCCAAUUUCACCCUACAGUUGGUGUCGGUGACACUUCUGAGUGGACCUUUCUAUGGAAUGCCUACAAUUCUCCCAGAAGCAAAAUCUGCAGUUGUUCCUGUUCCUGAGGAAGCUGCCAAUUCCCAGGUUGGGUUUGAAACCACUGCUUUCCAACUCACCGACAUCACAGCCGGCACAAGCCAAGUCAUGAUCUCUAGAAGAGGCACAUAUGGCAGGCUCUCUGUGGCCUGGGCCACAGGAUAUGCUCCUGGGUCACAAGUCCCUGAGCCCAUUGUCAUCGGCAACAUGACACCAACGUUGGGGAGCUGUUCUUUUUUGCAUGGAGAAAAGAGGAAGGAAAUAGCACUAUGGUUGUUUCCCAGCCCUGGUUGGCCAGAGGCUUUUGUCCUUCAUCUGUCAGGCCUGAGGAGCAGCACUGCUGGUGGAGCUCAGCUACGGUCAGGAUUCACCACUGCUGAAAUUGAACCCAUGGGGGUCUUCCAGUUUUCCCCUAGUUCAAGAAAUGUCACAGUGUUGGAGGAUGCACAGACAAUCCGAAUACAUGUGCAAAGACUGUUUGGGUUUCACAGUGAUCUGCUUACAGUCUCCUACAAGACAACGGCAGGAAGUGCCAAGCCUCUGGAAGACUUUGAGCCCAUUCAGAAUGGGGAAAUUUCUUUUCAGAGAUUCCAAGCUGAGGUUGAUUUUGAAAUAACCAUUAUUAAUGAUCCACUUCCUGAGAUAGAAGAAACUUUUUACAUUAAUCUUACUUCAGUAGAAAGUAGGGGACUGAGAAGGGAAGAUGUGAAUUGGAUACCUCGUCUAAAUCUAGAUCACAGUGUUGCAUUGGUCACCAUACUGGACAAUGAUGACCUGGCUGGAGUGGGUGUUUCUGUCCCUACAACGGCAGUGAUGGUGGCACUUGACAACACUCUCCCUGCUGUAGAACCUGGUUCCACCUCACACCCUAACAGAAGCAAGGUAAUUGCCAUUCCAUACACCACUGAGAUGUUUGCCACGCUUCCAGAGACAACAGAUGGGCCUGCCACCCCCGAGAAGCUUGUCACCACUCACAGUGCCAUGUCAGAGAACCCUGAUUUGGCCCCGGGAACUGCUCAUGCUGUGGACUAUGGAAUACUCAGCCUUGGACCUCCUAUCAUUUAUGUGGCAGAAGACACGGAAAAUAGCACAUUCAGCACCACAGAAAUCCUCAUCCAGAGGACAGGUGGCUUCACAGGCAACGUCAGCGUUACAGUGAGGACUUUUGGUGGAAAAUGUGCUCAGAAGGAACCAAGUAUAUGGCCCUUUCAGGAUGUCUAUGGAGUUGCCAACCUAACGUGGGCGGUAGAAGAAGAAGACUUUGAAGAACAGGCACUCAGCUUUACAUUUCUCAAUGGGGAAAGAGAACAUAAAAUGUCAGUUCAGGUCCUGGAUGACGAUGAGCCUGAGGGACAGGAAUUCUUCUAUGUGUUUCUUACAGACCCUCAAGGGGGAGUGGAGAUUGUGAGAGGAAAGGACGACGCUGGGUUUUCAGCUUUCGCUGUAGUCAUCAUCACAGGGAGUGACCUCCCCAAUGGCAUCAUAGGCUUCAGUGAGGAAUCCCAAAGAGGCCUGGAACUGAGGGAAGGAGCUGGUAAGAGCAGACAGCACCUAGUUGUCACAAGGCAGCCAAACAGGGCCUUUGAAGAUGUUCAGGUCUUUUGGCGAGUCACACUUAACCAAACAGUCACCAUUCUCCAGAAAGAGGAGUUAAACCUAACAGAUGAACUCCGGUUUGUGGCAGGGGUCACAACUUGCCCAGUGGGUCAAACUCGGUGUUUUAUCCACCUUGAACUCAAUCCAGAGAAGGUGCCUCACGUUGAAAUGCAGUUUUUUGUGGAGCUGUAUGAUGUCACUGCUGGGGCAGCUAUAAACAACAGUGCUAGAUUCGCACGGAUUAAAGUUUCCAAGACUGAUGAGCCUCAGAGUCUUGUUUUCUUUUCUGUGGGAUCUCGGCUGGCUGUGGCUCAGAAGAGGGCCACUUUGAUCAGUUUGCAGGUGGUCAGAGAUUCUGGGACAGGCAUGAUGAUGUCUGUUAACUUUAGUACCCAGGAGCUGAGGAGUGCUGAAACAAUUGGUCGUGCUCUCAUCUCUCCGGCUGUUUCUGGAAAGGACUUUGUGAGAACAGAAGGCACACUGGUCUUUGAACCUGGCCAGAGCAGCGCUGUUCUGGAUGUUGUCUUAACACCAGAGAGCGGGUCUUUCAGUGCAUUUCCUAAACGCUUCCAGAUUGUGCUUUUUGACCCAAAAGGUGGCGCCAGAAUUGAUAAAGUGUAUGGGACUGCCAACGUCACUCUUGUCUCUGAUGUGGAUUCACAAGCGAUCUGGGGGCUUGCAGAUCAGCUACAUCAGCCCAUACAUGAAGAAGUUCUCAACAGGGUGCUGCAUAAUCUCAACAUGAAAGUAGCCACAGAGAACACGGAUGAGCAGCUCAGUGCUGUGAUGCACUUAAUGGAAAAGAUAACAAUGGAAGGAAAAAAUCAAGCUUUGAGUUUCAAAAGCCGAACGCUUUUGUAUGAACUCCUUUGUGCCCUAAUUAACCCCAAGCGCAAGGACACUAGGGGAUUCAGCCACUUUGUAGAAGUGACAGAGAAUUUUGCCUUUUCUCUGCUGACGGAUGUUACCUGUGGGUCUCCUGGUGAAAAAAGCAAAACCAUCCUUGACAGUUGCCCAUAUUUGUCAAUACUGGCUCUUUACUGGUACCCUCAGCAAAUCAAUGGACACAAGUUUGAAGGAAAGGAAGGUGAUUACAUUCAAAUUCCGGAGAGGUUAUUGGAUGUUCCUGAUGCAGAAAUGCUGGAUGGGAAAAAGGCAUGUGCAUUAGUCCAGUUUGUGGAAUACAGCAGCCAGCAGUGGUUCAUAGCAGGGAACAACCUUCCUGCCCUGAAAGACAAGGUGCUGUCCCUGAAUGUGAAAGGUCAGAGUGCACAACCCCUGCCUAACAACAAUGAGGUUCUCUAUAGGAUUUAUGCAGCUGAGCCUAGAAUUGUUCCUCAUACAUCUCUCUGUCUCCUCUGGAAUCAGGCCGCUGUCAGCUGGUUGUCUGACAGCCAGUUUUGCAAAGUGGUGGAGGAUACUUCGGACUACGUGGAAUGUGCCUGUUCACACAUGUCUGUGUAUGCUGUCUACGCCCAGACUGACAACUUGUCAUCAUACAAUGGAGCUUUUUUCUCCUCUGGGUUUAUAUGCAUCUCAGGUCUUUGCUUGGCUGUUGUUUCACACAUGUUCUGUGCCAGGAGUUCGAUGUUUGCAGCUAAACUUCUGACUCACAUGAUGGCAGCCAGUUUAGGAACACAGAUUGUGUUCCUGGCGUCUGCAUAUGCAAGCCCUCACUUCAGCGAGGAGAGCUGUUCGGCUGUGGCUGCUGUCGCACAUUACCUGUAUCUGUGCCAGUUUAGCUGGAUGCUCAUUCAGUCUGUGAACUUCUGGUACGUGCUGGUGAUGAAUGAUGAACACACCGAAAGGCGAUACCUGCUCUUUUGCCUUCUGAGCUGGGGGCUUCCAUCUUUUGUGGUGAUUCUCCUCAUUGUCAUUCUGAGAGGGAUCUAUCAUCAGAACAUGCCGCAGAUCUAUGGACUCAUUCAUGGUGACUUGUGA